CUGCAGGAGAGCAUCACGCGGGGGAAGUACGGCGACGGCGCCCGGCAGGAGAAGUUCACGUACGCGCUGAGCCUGGUCUUCAUCCAGUGCGUCAUCAACGCCGCCUUCGCCAAGCUGCUGAUCCGUUUCUUUGACUCCGUCAGGGUGGAUCGCACGCACGGCUGGCUGUACGCCGCCUGCUCGCUCUCCUAUCUGGGCGCGAUGGUUUCCAGCAAUUCGGCCCUGCAGUUCGUCAACUACCCGACCCAGGUCCUAGGCAAAUCCUGUAAACCCAUUCCAGUCAUGCUUUUAGGUGUGACUGUGCUGAGGAAGAAGUACCCGCUGGCCAAGUACCUCUGCGUCCUCCUGAUAGUCACAGGCGUGGCCCUGUUCAUGUAUAAACCCAAAAAGGGAGCUGGAGGUGACGACCACAUCUUUGGCUACGGGGAGCUCCUUCUGUUGCUGUCGCUGACCUUGGAUGGGCUGACGGGUGUAUCUCAGGACCACAUGAGAGCUCACUAUCAAACCGGCUCCAAUCACAUGAUGCUGAAUGUUAACCUCUGGUCCACCUUGUUCCUGGGAGCUGGGAUCCUGUUCACUGGAGAGCUCUGGGAGUUCCUGAGUUUUACUGAACGUUAUCCCAGCAUCAUUUACAAUAUCCUGCUGUUUGGCCUGACGAGUGCACUGGGUCAGAGCUUUAUUUUCAUGACGGUGGUUUACUUCGGACCUCUGACCUGUUCCAUCAUCACCACGACACGCAAGUUCUUCACCAUUUUAGCAUCCGUCAUUCUGUUUGCCAAUCCCAUCAGCACCAUGCAGUGGGUGGGGACGGUCCUGGUGUUCCUGGGCCUUGGACUUGAUGCCAAAUUUGGAAAGGGAGUAAAGAAGACAUCGCAUUGAGGAGAUGGUGGAUCUCCGCUGUUGGAAUGGACUUUUAAUUUAUUGUCUUGUACCUCAAAGUCUGUUAUGAAACUGGACUCAGGAUAGGUAAUUAGUAGGGGAAUGUUUGGAUUUUUUGUUUUAGUUUUUUAAUUACAAAUUGCUUCAGUUUUAACUGUAAUCAAGUAUUAUGGUUUUUUUUCUGUAAUCAAAGGUGCAGUACUAGAUCCUAGCAGCAGGAUGAAAUUCUUGCCUUAACAGAAAAAAAAAAAACCCUUCAUAUCUUUAUUAAAGAAAAGGAAACAAUGGCCACUUCUCCAGGACUUUAAUUUCAGUACUUGGCUGACGGCGGGGAGGCAGAGCACAGCUUUCUCCAAGGAGAGCUGUCAGAAUGAUGUUAGCAUGGUGCAGCCUGGGAAGGUCCCGGAUUAAAUGCCUGUGCUGAAGAUAACCCUCUCUCCUGGUUGAUUGUAUCAUUAUUUUUUUCCAUAAUGGAGCAGCCUGGAGCAUUCUGCUAUUGACAUGUGUUGCACUGUAUUCUUCACCUGAGCCCUUCUGAACAGGCAACCCUGGGCAUAUGUAAAAAUGUACAGGAAAUCUGUUUAACCACUGGGGUUAAAAUUAAUUCUUUUCAUCUCCCCCUGCAGAGGAAGGAACAGGAACCUCUGCUGCUAAACUCGUGCCAAGGUUGUGUGACAACAGCUUCUAAAUGUUGAAAGGGCCCUUGUUAAUUAACCAGUGUCGUGGUGAGCUUUCGCUGACACCCGCUCCUGGGCGCAGACUGGGUCCCCAGUGCUGUGGGGGGAGGAGCUGUUAUCAUAAUGAUGCCUUCAGAGUUGGAGAGCAGAAUUCUCCACAGAACAAACUUUACACAUGAAAGCACGUUUACACCAGCUGUCGCUUGGUCUCCAUCUGUUCUGUGGCUUUGGCCUUUUGCCCCUCCAGAUGGGAUCUUGAUCUCUUUACUGAGCGGCUGUUGUAAGCCUCCCUUUCCAGCCCCUUCUACCCCCACCCCUGCAGUAUUUCUUACAACUUUUUUGGACUCAAAUUUGUUUUUCAUUUAAUCCGUCUUGUUAUCCUAUAGCGCUACUCAAACAACACAUUUCUUGCAGAAUUAAACCUGAGGAUAUUAAAGGGUUUUUUUCUGUCACUCUCA